GAGAGUGAGAGGGAGGGAGAGAGAGAGAGAGAGAGAGAGAGAGAGAGAGAGAGAGAGAGAGAGAGAGAGAGAGAGAGAGAGAGAGAGAGAGAGAGAGAGAGAGAGAGGGAGAGAGAGAGAGAGAGAGAGAGAGCCUGCAGUCAGUGCGAAAGGCAGAGGCUGCAGCAGAGCCAAAAGACGACUGCAACACAUGUGCCUCUCCCUCUGCAGUCUCAGCUCACCCGGAGGAGUGCGGACAGGAACUGAUCCCGGAGCAUGGCUCAGAAACUGCACCCAGACAUGUGCAUCUCCCGGGAUUACCGCAGGUCGGGAUACCCUCAGGACGCGGACAGUGUGGCGCGUUCGGAGCUGGGAGACGAAUCCUCUGACAGCGAUGGAGAGCAGGAAGGUCCCCAGAAGCUGAUCCGCAAAGUGUCCACCUCCGGCCAGAUCCGCAGCAAGAAGAGCAUCAUUGAAGGAUUGCUGCUGAAGCAGACCAGUUCAUUCCAGAGGUGGAAGAAAAGGUACUUCAAACUGAGAGGGAGAACUCUGUACUGGGCCAAGGACUCAAAGUCCUUAAUAUUCGACGAGGUGUAUCUGUCCAACGCAAGUGUGGCUGAGACGAGCACAAAGAAUAUUAACAACAGUUUCACUGUGAUAACACCUUUCAGAAAAUUAAUCCUGUGUGCUGACAAUAGAAAUGAGAUGGAAAAUUGGAUAACUGCUCUUAAGUCUGUCCAAAAGAUGGAGAGCUAUGAGACGAGUCAACUGAACGUGGAGUAUUUCUCAGGGAUGCACAACUGGUAUGCAACUUCCCAUGCUCGACCUACCUUCUGUAAUGUCUGCCGUGAAGCCCUCCCAGGAGUGACUUCCCAUGGGCUCUCUUGUGAAGUGUGCAAGUUUAAAGCUCACAAGCGUUGUGCUGUCAGGGCAGUUAACAACUGUAAAUGGACCACACUGGCAACUGUAGGAAAUGACAUUAUUGAAGAUGAAGAUGGUAUUGCCAUGCCUCACCAGUGGCUGGAGGGGAACCUGCCUGUCAGUGCGAGAUGUGCUGUUUGUGAUAAAGUAUGCGGCAGCGUGCGAAGGCUACAAGACUGGCGGUGCCUGUGGUGCAAAGCAAUUGUUCACAGUGUGUGCAAGGAGAACUUUGAAAGAAAAUGCCCACUGGGGCAAUGCAAGCUGUCCAUCAUUCCACCAAUCGCUUUGAACAGCAUUGAUUCUGAUGGGCUCUGGAGGGCCAGCAAUGCCUCAUCCUGCCCCAGUCCUCUCUUGGUCCUGAUGAACUCCAAGAGUGGCGAUAACCAGGGGGUGAAAUUCCUCAGGAAGUUCAAACAACUGCUGAAUCCAGCACAGGUGUUCGACCUGAUGAUCGGUGGGCCCCGCCUCGGGCUGCGCCUCUUCCAGAAGUUUGCCACGUUCCGGAUCCUGGUGUGUGGAGGGGAUGGCAGUGUGGGCUGGGUCUUAUCGGAAAUGGACAAGCUCGGUCUGCACAAACAGUGCAAACUGGGCGUGCUGCCACUGGGGACUGGCAACGACCUGGCCAGGGUACUUGGCUGGGGUGGCCUUUGUGAUGAUGAUGUGCAGCUGCUUCAAGUUGUGGCCAAUCUGGAGCGAGCCACCACCAAGAUGUUGGACAGGUGGAGCAUCAUGACGUAUGAAGCAGCAACGAAGCAACUACCUGUCGUGAUGAAGGACGAGGUCUCUAGUUCUCAGGAUCCAAUAUCUCAGUAUGCCAACUUGAUUGUCUAUCACUUGACAAAAGUUCUCGAAUCUGACCAACAUGCUGAUGUCAUUUCCUCUGCCAGGUUUAUAUGUGAGACAGCAAGCAACUUUACAACUGAGGUUGGUAAAGCCUACAAGAGGGUUGAAGAGAACAAGGAGGAAGCAGACUCAAUUACAAAGAAGUGUGCAAUGUUGACUCAGAAACUGGACUCCCUGGUCAAGGUUCUUGGCGAUGAAUCCCAGGCACUGAUUAUCCCCACCGGCACCUCUCCACCAUCCACAGGUGAACAGGGUGAGGGCAAACCUGCUCAAACUGGUGGAGACCUUGAAAACAAGCCAGACGCAAAUUCUGUGCCCAAAACGUUGAAGUCCAAGGAAGAACUCAUGCUGCGAGCUAACAGUUUGAAGAAAGCUCUGAGGCAGAUCAUCAAACAAGCAGAGAAAGUGGUUGAUGAACAGAACAAGCAGAGUCAAGUAAUGUACAGUUGUCCCCCAAACCACAACCCGCCUGUCUUCAGGAGAGAGAACACAGAGGAGUUGGGUGACAAGAACAUAGAGACACUGACCUCCACAACAUCCACUAUCAUACUUGACCGAUCAGAUGGAAGCAGUUCCACUGAAGAUCUCAGCUCAGUAUUUUUCUCUGAGAAAUGUGUAAUGAACAAUUACUUUGGCAUUGGGUUGGAUGCCAAGAUAUCGCUGGAGUUCAACAACAAGAGGGAUGAACAUCCCAAAAAGUGCAGAAGUCGAACCAAGAACAUGAUGUUGUACGGAGUCCUUGGCACCAAAGAACUUCUCCAGAGAACAUACAAGAAUUUAGAGCAGCGCAUCCAUUUGGAGUGUGAUGGAGUGUCUAUCUUGCUCCCUAGCCUCCAGGGCUUGGCAGUGCUCAAUAUCCCAAGCUACGCUGGUGGAAUCAACUUCUGGGGUGGAACGAAGGAGAAUGAUAGUUAUGGAGCGCCAUCUUUUGAUGACAAGAAGCUGGAGGUAGUGGCCGUGUUUGGAAGUAUCCAGAUGGCUGUAUCCAGAGUGAUUAACUUGCAGUAUCAUCGGAUAGCACAGUGUCGCAUGGUGAAGAUCACCAUCAGUGGAGACGAAGGUGUUCCCAUUCAAGUGGACGGAGAAGCCUGGAUCCAGCCCCCUGGAAUAAUCAAGAUACAGCAUAAGAACAGGGCUCAAAUGCUGACCCGGGACAGGGCUUUUGAAAGCACCUUAAAGUCCUGGGAGGUCAAGUGCAAAGGAGACUCUUUGAAACAGUCAGCUCGACACCGUCUAAGUUCCCAGCAGUCUAUGGAGUUUCUCACAGAAGAGGAGGUGGCAGACGUGCAGCAGUUUUCUCAGACAGUAGAGACCCUGAUCAACAGAGUCCACCAGGCAGCAGAGAAGCAAGAGUUGUUUGAGCAGGAGCUGGCCCAUGUCGUCAAUGCCUGCUCCCAGCUGCUGAAUGAAGCCUUACCAAAGCAAAACACAACUGAGGCUAUCAGCAGGAGUGUGGUAGUAGAUGUUUUCAAUAAUGUUAAGACCCUUCGCACAGAGACCAAGUCACUCCUUGAUGGGAAAUUACUGGAGUUGGAAAGUCCCUAUGAGGAUGAAUUGCUGGCUGCACUGAACACUGUUGAGAGUGAACUGCAGAAACUGUCAGAGCUCCACUGGCUUUGCCAAGCCACUCAGGCCACCGAUGAGGAGGAAACUUCCAAGGGGAAGAACAAGAGCAGCAUGAAGAACAAGAUCAAGAAUAUAUCAAAGAAAGAGAAACUCCAGAAGCAGAAGUCAAAUAGUUCCCUGAUGGGAUCUACAGAUAACCAAGGUGGACCACAAGAGGUGUAUUAUUAGGGCUAUCAGUUUGAAAAUAGUCAAACUCCCUGGCCUGUGACACCCAGGCAAGAUGGAAGGAGAGGGCCUGUUGACAAUGCUCAGCAUGGACUCUCCGUGACUCUCCGUGAGCUGCCAAGAGGACUUCACUGACAUCGAGUGUCUCUAAUGUAAAGCAGAAUGAAUGUAACUCUUGCCCUUGUAAUCUCUCAUCAAACCUCCAGCACUGCACGGCCAGACGCAUCUCGCAACCUCCACCACCCUUAGGCAUGACCUCAGGGAUCGCCGUGGUUACUGACUGGGUACAAUAUUGUAGGACCUACUCCUCUGAGGGGCCACACAUCAAGACUGUGUUAGUAAAUGAACAAGUGAACCCAACAUUUGGGUGGUCACCUGGAGAAUCAGCUCUCAUUUGGUCGUCCUGCUCCUGAUGAGUUCUGACCAGGAGCACUGGCUUCCCACAUGUGAGAGUGUGGUUUAGCCAACAGCUCACCUGUUCUCAUGCAGCAAAAUAUUGACUCUGUGUUCUGUCAGUGAGCUCUUCUUGAGGAUUAUUGGGGAGCAAUCAGUAAACAUGGAUCUUAGGUCAGUACAAUACAAACUGCAAACUCUAUGUCUAUAAUGUGGAAAAAGAGAUCACUAUGAUCAUGUAAUCAAUUGGUAUUGCCAACACUCCAAGCUUUUUCCCGCACCUCCCAGACCCUGGGAGUAUUUGAUGGGCUGUGUAAAGGGAGCUUUACUCAUAGUCUAAUCCAUGAUGUGCCUGUUUGAGCAUGUGGUGAUGGUGAUGAAGAGCUUUAGUUUGUAUCUAAACCUUGCUGCCCUGCUCUGGGAGUGUGUGACAGUCUCUACCAUUUUGAACUUUGAUCAAGGGAUAUUAAAGGUUGUAGAGUCCUCCUGGAUGUUCCUCACACCAUCACAGUUCACAAUUCUUGCUACAGCCCCACGUGUGCCAAGGGCUGAUGUAUGGGAGGGGAGUGACGGGAAAAUGCGCAUGACAGCACAGGUUAACGGCAUUGUCAGCAUUAGCAGCGGUGAAGGAGGAGCUGAAGACACAGCCCCUAUUUAAGGUAUGUUAAACAUAAUAGGUUUCUUUAUUUUUCUCUGAUUGGUGAAGAAAAUACCAGCAUAGUGUAGAUCCCGUUCGGCCUAGCCACAGUCACUAGUACAAUCACCCACAAGAAUGUUUUAUGUAGUAGUUUACAAUGAAUAAUAGUCUCUGUCUUUGUCUCUACUGUCCCCAUUCUGAGAAAUGCUGGACAGAGGGAAAUUUACUCAGUAUCCAUCCCUGUUGUCUCUGCCUGGAAUAUGGGAUGGGAAGUAUAGAGGGAAAUUUAUACAGUAUUUAACCUGUGCUAGUCCUGUGAUGGAAACAUUUGAUAGGACAGUGAAAUAGGAACUCUACUCUGUGCCUGUCUGAAUGUGUGGCAAGGCAGUGCAGAGAGCUCUAUUCUUUACCAUCAUAACAUCCUUUACUUAGGUUGUGUAAUGGGCCAGAUUAAUAGGAACUUUCUAUAGUUUCUAGGCCAAGCCAUCUCUGUCCUGGAAAUGUUGAACCGGACAGUGUAAAGGGACCUUUAAUCUUAUGUUACAUGAGCUAAUUGUGCAAUGACUGUGCAUUAGAUUAUAGUGCGUAGGGAGUUUUACCCACUGUUUAACCUGUGCUGUCCCUGCUCAAAUCAUGGCAUUGCAGACUUCAUUCCAAUGCAGAAUGCCUCCCAUGUGGAAUAGCUGCUGCGCUGGGCUGAGUUAGAGAGAGUCAUAGAACAAUAGAUUACUGCAUAGAAACAGGCUAUUUGGCCCAUCUAGUUCAUACUGAACUGCUAUCCUGCCCAGUCCCAUCAACCUGCACCUGAACCAGAGCCCUCUAUGUCCCUCCAACCCAUAUUUAGAAUUCUCUUAAAUGUUGUAUAAAAUUUAUAACCCCACUCACAUCACCCCCUGAGUGAAGAACAUCCCUCUCGGGUUCCCUUUCACCCUUAACCUAUGACCUCUAGUUCUAGUCUCAACCAGCUUCAGUGGAAAAAGCUUGCUAUCCUAUCUAUACCCCUGAUAAUAUUGUAUACCUCUGUCACAUCUCCCUUCAUUCUGUUACUGUCCAGGGUAUAUAGUCCUAACCUACUCAGCCUUUCCCUACAACUCAGGUACUCAAGUAUCUUUUCUUAUAUCAAUGACCAGAACUGUACAUAAUACACUAAAUCUGGCCUCACCAGUGUCUUAUAUAACUUCAACAUAAUUUCCCACCUCCUGUACUCAAUAUUUUGACUUAAGGCCAAAAUGCCAAAAGCUCUCUUAAGGAUCCUAACUAUCAGUGAUACUUACCUAGCAGUUCUGGCGAAAUGGUACCGGUUUUGCCAUUAGUGCUCCAUAUUCAACAGGAAUAUCUGGUUAGUGAAUCACCCAUUAAGAAGUGAAGUGCUCCUGUCCCAGAAACAAUGUCCCUCACCCUAGUAUCUAUAGAGAUUCUAUUAUCCUUUGGUCUUGGCAUGGAGCUUCUGAAAUCACGAGGGUGAAAGGGUGAUGUGCAGUUGCUUCCAGGGUUGUCUAGCUCUGUUCUAAGAGUUGGCAAAAGCAUUUCUGACCCACAGCUUGCAAGUCCUCUUCAGUAUCACAUGGAGCUGUAGGCACAUGGGCAGCCCUGGACUCCACCAUUACUAAGACUGCCACAAAUGAGCUGGUGGGUUAAUAUUCAGUGGGGGAGGAUUGCUGUUGUUGAUGCCAAUGCACUCCCAAGUGUAGUGAUUGAUAGGACCAGACCUUAACUUGUCAGGUGGUUGGGGAACAUACAAAAACAUUCAGAGUGGUAGAGUUUCCCUACUUCAGAUAACAUACCUCAACUGUCAAACCCAUACUUCACUGAUUUCAGCCUGGAGAAUGGAGGGGAGGGAGAGCUGCCUCUGCUCAAUCAGCUUCAUUGUAUUGCUCACAACACCUGAAAUGCAUUUCAUUGGCUUUAAUUUGUUUUGCAUAUCCUGAGAUCACAGAAGGUGUAAAACUAAGGUCAGUGUUUUCUCUGAGGUAUCCACCCCCCUGACGUAGACAGGGAGAGAUAAACCACUAACCUCCACUUCCCCCAUAGACAGGGAGAGUAAGCCAUGUCCAACCCCUUUACCCACCAUCCACUUGUAGACAAAGAGAGAAAAAUAAGUCUCCUCUCACAUCCCAUGUAGACAGGGAGAGUAAUACAACUCCAGGCCCUUCAUUUGUCCUCUCACAAAGACAGGGAGAGAUAGGUCACUCCCCUCUCACUUCCCCAUUUGGACUCAGGGAGCAGGUUAAAUUCCUCUCCAUGUAGAGGGGGAGGUAGAAACCAUUCUCCUACUUCUGACCCAGAUGGGAAGGGAGAAGGAUGUACUGCAGAAUAAUCACACUCCAUCACAGAUGGAAGAGUAAUGUCAUGUAAUUCCAGACUCCUCAAUGCAAAAUAACUUGUAGACAGGGAGUGUGACAGAACUCCAAGCCCAUCACACUUCCUCCCAUGUAGAUAGGGGGAAUAACAUAACUCUAGACCACUCACACUCCCUCCCCAAGUAGAAAGCAGAGUAAUAUAUAACAGACUCCUUUAGUGCAGGGUUUCUCAUGCAGUGAGCAGCUGUGCUUUGCAAACACUGACUGUCCACCUCUAUGUUUACAUCUUUAUGUAGCAAUGUGUGUGUAUAAAAUGUGAAUUCAGAUGUAUUUAUUGUCUGAUGCAUAAGAGAUGACUUAUAAAGAGAUUUAUUUGUUUUGCACACAGCGCGCAAGGUUAAAUGUACUUUGUGGUAAUAAAUCAA